CUUGUCAAAAUAGGAAAACAAAUGUGCGGUCGCGAUUCGCAAUAAAAAAAAACAGUUAUUUUAAUGCUAUUAAAGAACUUUAAAUAAUGUGCCAUCCUAAAUGCUGAUGUAAUUCAUCUACAUUUAUCUUAGACAUUAGAACCGAUUUCUUAAGAAGAAGAUGUCAUCCCAAACAUCUAAACUGGUCUUAGGAUUAUCAUGUGCUGUGACUGUUGGAAUAGUGUCCUACGUACACAUAAAGCAACAAGCAGACAGAGAAAAAAUGCAUGAAGGUGUUGUCAGAGAUAUAGAACGUCAGCAAAGAAGAAAAAUAGAAAAUCUUUACAUAUUAGAAAAACAAAAAGAAUUAACAAACAAAUUAAAAAAAGAAAUAGAAAACCAAUAAAUGUAAAUAAAUUGACUCUUUUGUAACUACAUUAUUUAUUAUUUUAGGUACUAUAGUGAACAAUUACAAAAUUAGAUAAAUAA